AUGGCUCAUUAAGUAGACAAAGUAAAAAAGAAAAUUUAGAAAGACAACGAUAAAGAAGCUUCUCCGAAAAAAGGAAAACUGACUCAUGUUUAGAAGUCUGCUUAUCAAUAAAAUAAAUCCAAAGGUAGGAAAAUAAGUGUAAAAAUAGAAAGAGGUGACAAAAUUGUGAUAGGAAACCAUAGUUAGCAAAAAGUAAUUGAUUUUGUACUACUUGAUAGGAAAGAGAUCAAAUAAAAAAAGGAAGAGGAAGAACAAACAAAGUAAAUUGAAGCAGAAUUAACAAAAAAGAAGUAUAAGCUUAAUGAUAAAAAGAAGAGUAGCAGCAAUAUUAAAAAACCAUACAAUAAAAAUAAGGAAAAGCUAAUAACAAUAAUAGAUGAUGAUGAGACUUAUUCAUAAGAAUUAAUCGAAAUAGAGGAUGAAGAGGAUAAUACAAAUGGACAUUUAGAAAAAUAGGAUGAGGAAGACAUCCUUAAAUAAAAUAAAAAAAUAUUUAAAAAAGUUAAUCCUUUUCUCUGCUAAGAGCUAGGCAGUGCAUCAAAAGAUCCUCGAUAAAAUAAAUUAGUUUCAGAGAUUUAGAAUAUUUUAUAAUAGAAUCCUUCGUAAAAGCUCAAUUUAAUUUUGGAUCUCGAUGAGACACUUGUCAAUACUGUUUGGGUUACUAAUGAAAAUUAAAGUAAGUUAGAAGAGAUAUACAGAUAUAAAAUGCCUUCGAAUAAAAAUGUAAUAACAAUACAAUACUCAAAUAACGAAGGAGCUUAAAAAGAAUUUAUUACUAUAUUAAGACCUCAUUUGAAGGAAUUUGUAACAGAGAUGAAAAAGUAUUUUAAUAUUUUAGUAUACUCUCAUGGCAGAAAAGACUAUGUCCUUAAAUUAUUAGACAAAAUAGAUCCUCGCAGGGACCUUUUUAACAGAAAUAAUAUAUUUAAGAAUGAAGGAUAAGUUAACAUUAAAACAUAAAAAGAUAUUAAAAAUAUUAUUGAAUGUGAUUCGCCCUCUGCACUUGAAAAAGCUCUAAAAUCUUCUAUAAUUAUUGAUGACAUAUUUGAAAUUUGGCUUGAAGAAACCUUCCCAAAUGUUGUUCCUAUCAAGAGAUUCUAACCUUUGAAUGAAUUUUUAUAAAAGAAUAAUUAAUGCACAAUCUUUAUGAACCACAAUAAAUAAUUUUUAAGAUUUCCUAAAACACGCCAAGAUUAUUUUUAAGACGUAGAUUUUGAGUGUUCCAACUAAUUCCUUAAGGGCUUAUAAAGAUAUCUUACUUCAACAGCAAUUUAAUUUUAUAAUAAAAAAUUAAUUAAAAAUGAUUAGAAUGCUGAUGUUAGAGAGUAUUUGACAUUUUAAAAGCUCAUGAUUAUGAAUUAAUUAGAUCUUAAUCUAACAUUAAUUGAAUAUGAUGAGCUAUACGACGUAUUUAGAUAUGUAGCUCUCGCAAUGGGAGCUAAUAUUACACUUAAAAAUUUCAGAUAUGCCAUAGUAAAUAAAGAUUUUACUCAAUAAUAUGCUAAAAAAAUGGCUUUAUUGAAAGAAUAAAAUCCAAAUCUUACUUUUAUUGAUGUAUAAUGGCUUGUAGAUUCAUUUUUCCUACAUUACUAACUAGAUAUUUAAAAUUAUGUAAUAGAAUGA